CGUGGGCGUGGGCGGUAGCGUCUGGGCGGCACGGGUGCCACCGCUGUUGGGUCGCCGUGGCGUCUCGCCCUCCGCGCUGGGCUUGGGGACCCCGCGCUGGGGAGGCCGGGCGCCUGGUGAACCCGGUGGGCUGUACCACUCGGGAUCCGUCGCACCAGACCUUCAAGCACUUUGUGCCAAAUUCUUACCACUUGCCACAUGAGUCCAAAUCAUGACGGACGCCAAGUAUGUCCUCUGCAAAUGGAGAGAGCGAUUAUGGCCUGCAAAGGUUUUGGCCAGAACUGAGAUGUCAACAACUAAGAGAAAAAAGGAAUUUUUUCUAAAAGUUCAAAUACUCUCCGUAGACAAAAAAAUGAAGGUGAAGAGCAAGAAUGCGGAGACCCUGAAGAGGUCCCACAUCGAGGACAUCGCUUCCUUACUGGCCUCACAGAACAAGGCUGCUGCUGAACCCAUGGAGGAGCUGACCUACAGACGGUCACUUCGAGUGGCUCUGGAUGUUCUGAAUGAGAGACCCUGUUUGCUGCAAGAAAGCUGCUCAAAGGAGGAAGGGACUGCUGGGUCUUCAGGAGAAAAGCACACAGAACCGGCUGCCUUGCUUUGUGAUCCCAGCUCUUCAUCUUCAGUCCAUGAAGCUGUGUCGGGCAGUUCUGGACCUAAGAGGGGAGAAUGUGCACACCUGAGGCUGGCAGGCUCUCCCACUUGUGAAAAGGACCCCAAGUGCCAAGUAGACCACAAGAAGGGGCUCGGGGAAAGAGAAAGCCCACUUACCCUGGUGUUCUCAGCCGGAGGUGGUUCUCAGGACAGGAGUGGAUCAAGGCUACACCUUGAAAAUCGGACGACCCCAAAUAAAAGGGGAAGAAGCUCAGCACAGGAGUCCGGCGGGUGUCAGAAUGGUCCUUCAGUUUCAGAGGGACAUUGGGAAAGAGAGAAUGAGGAAGAGGCGGGCAACCGGGCAGCCCUGAGCUCACCUUCCCGAGUUUGGGAACAUGGUCUGUGGGCCAAGGGGCGCCUCCCAGCUUUGCCAUGGAGCAGCCCGGCUCUGCACCCAGCCUGUCCAGAUGUGCGAAGCUUGCCUGCCAAGCAGCUAUGCCCGGAUGGCGGCCAGAGGUCAGGGCUGCAGGGCUGCAUGACUCUGCGCAGUGCCACCAGGCUCAGCCCGCACGCUCCCCAUGCACCUGCGGACAACAUGAGACUUCAGGCCCUGGAAGAAGACCGUGCCUCUUCUGAAGAGUCAAUGGAGCUUGACCCCAUUAAUUCCAUUCUGGAGGAGGACGAGGAGGAGGAGCUCCCAAGAAUCCUUUUAUAUCACGAACCACCUUCGUUUGAAGUAGGAAUGCUAGUCUGGCUUAAAUACCAAAAAUACCCCUUCUGGCCAGCAGUGGCAUUUGAGAUCCUGCCCAGCGCCCCAGUGUGGUGGAUGAGCUCAAAUGUAGCCAAGUUGCUGACUUUGCUUUUUCUCUACACCCGGACGCUGCAAACGGUCAAGAGUGUCAGGCGGAGAGACAAGAAAGCCAGCGUGCUUUUCAUCGAAGGACACAUGAACCCCAAAGGGAGAGGCAUCACAGUGCCUCUCAGAAGAUUGAAGCAUUUUGACUGCAAGGACAAGCAGGCGCUUCUGAAUAAGGCUAAGGAGGACUUUAACCAGGCCAUUGGCUGGUGCGUGUCCCUGAUCACCGACUAUAGGGUCCGGCUUGGCUGCGGUUCCUUCUCCGGCUCCUUCCUGGAAUACUACGCCGCUGAUAUCAGUUACCCUGUCCGCAAGUCCAUCCAGCAGGAUGUCUUGGGUACCCGGUUCCCUCAGCUCUGCCAGGAGGACCCCGAGGAGCCCACAGUAGGAAUCCUCUGGGGCAGGAGGCAGUCCUGCAGGAAAGUCCUGCCUGACAGGUCACGGGCCGCCCGGGACCGCGCCAACCAGAAGCUGGUAGAGUACAUCGUGAAGGCAAGGGGCGCUGAGAGCCACCUGCGGGCCAUCUUGAAGAACAAGAAGCCGUCCCGGUGGCUGAAGAUGUUUCUGAACUCGGGCCAGUAUGUGACGUGCGUGGAGACGUACCUGGAGGACGAGGAGCAGCUGGACCUGGUGGUGAAGUACCUGCAGCGUGUCUACCAAGAGAUGGGCAGCCGGGCGCUGACACGGGCCAAUGGUGACAGGGUCCGCUUCAUCCUGGACGUGCUCCUGCCUGAAGCCAUCAUCUGUGCGAUCUCUGCGGUGGAUGCAGUGGAUUAUAAGACGGCCGAGGAAAAGUACAUCAAAGGACCUUCGCUCGGCUACCGGGAAAAAGAAAUAUUUGAUAACCAGCUCCUAGAGGAAAGGAACCAGCGAUACUGACGUGGGAACAGCAGUCAUGUGUAGUGGCAUCUGCCCGCAGGCCCUGUUCUAUCACACUGAAGAUAGGACCUGUGUGUCGGAUCUGGCUGUGGCUUCUCUUUUCCUGGCUUUUUUUGGAAGGUACAGUUUCUGAAAGGUUUUUAAAAGGACAAGAGUGAUUUAUUUGACUGCUUUCUGUACUGUGACUGUACUGAAUAGUUUAAUAUAAGGUACACAUUUGUUUUUUAUGUUAAAAAGUAUUGUAUCCGAUAUUAAACAGGAGUUUUGAAAGCGU